AUGGACAAGAAGGCGUCCAGUGAUCUACAUAGCUUGGGAAACAUGGAGCUAGAAGAGAUAGCCAGCAAAAUAUCUGAUCUAGACAAGUGGAGAAAGAUCUUUAGUUGUCAUGGAUUGGAAAUCAGCCGCACCACCCAUCAGAAGUGCCAAGACCACAAAUCGGAGGAUGACAAAGAGGACGCAGCUGCAGCGUCGCAAAUGACAAACCCCCUAAACCAAAGCCGUUUCCCAUCCAAUAUUCUUUAUUCGAUUCCCAAAGCUCUCAUCGUCUCAUCGAACCUCGGAGGGUGGCCCAUCUCACUGGAAAUGGCAGUGGGACUACGGAGGAUGUUAUUUGGAAGCACAUAUCAAGUCUUCAGCUAUGAAUGGAAAAGAGCAUAUUUCAGAUUCCACGAACCUUAUACUGAUUUGGCCUAUGCACUGGAGACAGAUAAGGGAGGAGCAGUAGCUGUUCAGAUGGCUGUUCAAGUGAACAUCAUUAAAUACUUGUUGUUUGUACAAAAUAAAGAAGAAAAUAUGCGCCUACAAAGUUUAUGUGAAAUAAGCCAAAAAGAACAAGAAAAGGCUCUUGCAGCAGCCUUGGCUGAUAUUCUGUGGGUAGCAGGAGAAGGUCAGAAAGCUACUGUCUGCCUUGUCACCAGUGAUACUUAUUUUACUCCCAGUAUAGACUACAAAGCGGAUCACUUUACUGAAAGAGUUCAGCUGUUUGACUUUUUUGAGAAGGAAACAGCUCAGCAGUUCCUCUGCGAUCACAUACACUGUCUGAACUGUGAAGGAAGUCAUGGAGUGAUUCUAUUUCUGUACAGCUUGCUUUUCUCAAGGACAUUUGAAAGGCUGCAAAAAGACCUUGACUGUACCACAACUCAUCUGUUGCAAUGCAGGCUUGGAAGCUUCAUCUGCAAACAAGCCAUUCUGAACAUCAUCUUAACAGGCAGAGCUUGUCCACACGUGUUUAAUGGGCUCCAGAAACUUGAGGCCGAAGGCAAUGUGCAGAAACAGCUGCAUGGUGUCUCGUCCCGCAGUGAGGUGGGCUAUUUACACUGGAGCAAGGAGGAAGUGGAACAUUACAGAUUCCCACAGGUUGGCAGCAUGCUGAAAACUCCUAAAUUGCCUGUUUGGUUGUGCAACAUCAGUGGAACAUACAGCGUCCUUUUCAGCACUAACAGGCUGCUCUUGUCCGACUGGAAAAUGGAACACCUCUUUGAUUUGUAUUUUUAUAAUGGACAGCCCUCGCAGAAGACAACAGUGCAUCUAACAGUAGACACCCAUUCUCAUCACUGGGAGGAAAAUCACCGUGAGGGGGACGGCGAUGCGGAAAAGCGAUUCCCUUCUGUGGAGAUGGCCAUCCGAACAAAGUGGGAGGGUGCUGCUAUCAAUUGGAACGGCGUGGUCCCCUUCUUCUGAAUAUAGCAGGUGCGGGUGCAGAGCUGGUCUGCAGGCUCUCUUGCACGGAUCCUGCAGCCCAGGCCUGGAGGAAGAAGAAAGGAAACUGCUACCAAUGGACAGCUCAAUGGGCCUGCCAGUUUGGACUUCCAGCCUGCAUUCGGUAAAUAAAUUAGGUGUGCUUAUGGGAUAAGCAAAAGACAAACUGUGCAACAUGUGCACACACAGAGAGAGAACGCUGCAAGCUAAACACAGAACUGAGAUCAAAUCGGAGUAUAGC